AUGAAGAUCCUGGGUACUUUGUUGACGGCCUCCUGCCUGGCCACUGGCCUUCAUGCAGCCAACUUCACCAACCCUCUGAAAUCACCCCUGGGGAGUGACCCUCAUAUCGUAUACGUAGAUGGCUACUACUACCUGACAACUACGACUUAUGAGAACAUCCAGAUCACCAGAGCGACCACCCUCGGGGGCCUCAAGACGGGCGAGAAUAAAAUCAUUUGGACCCCAGAUGAUCCAUCUCGAAGCUGCGAUUUGUGGGCCCCGGAAAUGCACCAGGUGGACGGAGUCUGGCAUCUCUACUUCACAGCUGGGACUUGCGGUAAUUGUUGCGAUAAUCAGAAGGCCCAGGUCCUCGAAGGCGGCGCUUCGCCAUGGGAUGACUACCGAUUUCUCGCGACACUCACACCGAACGAGUUUGGCAUAGACGGCACCGUUCUCACCAUCAAUAACCAAAACUAUUUCGUCUGGUCUUGCAUCACCAGCGACCUGCAAGGUCUUUGCAUAGCUACGCUCGACACCCCCGGGAGCAUCGGCCCGCGGCAUGAGCUGUCACUGCCGUUGGAAUCCUGGGAGGUCGAUGGAUUCGGUGUGAACGAAGGCCCCGCUCCUCUCUAUCACGAUGGCAAGACAUUCCUUGCGUUCUCGGCCAGUUACUGCGGGACCGCCAGCUACCAACUCGGCCUUCUCACAUACGAGGGUGGUGAUCCUCUAGAAAAGUCGUCCUGGACGAAGACGGGGCCUUUAUUCAGCUCUGCAAAUGGAAACUACGGAACAGCGCACAAUGGCUUCUUCAACAGUCCCGAUGGCACGGAGACUUGGAACGUAUACCAUGCUACGAGCAUAAGUACCGGCCACUGUGGCCGCGAGAGAUAUACGAUGGCUCGCUCAGUCGCAUGGGGUGCUGAUGGUCAACCCAUUUUUGGACAGGCGGAGACAUUAGGAACCCAGCUUGUUGGACCUUCAGGAGAGCCCGCGUAA